AUGUUAAACAGAGAUAUAUCUGUCAAUGUUGUGGUGGUAAUCAUGCAGCAUCAAGUUGUGCAAGACCAUGUAAGACCGAAACAAAUACAGGCGCAGGUACCUGGGAGACCUAAAAGAGGAGGACCUAAACAAAAUCAACAAAAUAUACCACAGAUUAAACAAAUACCAAUAAAACAAAGACCUGUAAUAAGAGAAGAUCAAAUAAGAGAUGAUCGGAUAGUUGGUGAUCAAGCAAAACAAAUUAUAAUUCAACCAAAAAUACCAAUACCUCGUCAAUUACCGAUACCUGUAUUAGAACCACAAUUAGAUCGAGGUGUACAAAUAAAUAUACAAGAAGAAAUAUGUUCUAUAUGUUUAACAGCAUUUGAUAUUGAAAAUUUAGGUGAUGUAGUGAUACCAUGUCGAAAUAAUCACAUAUUUCAUUUUCGUUGUAUUAAUCGAUGGAAUCGACGUGCAAUCACUUGUCCUAUAUGUCGUAUACCAUUACAGCCUGAUGAAUUAUGGAGAAAUGUACUACCAGAAAAUAUAUUGAGACCACCAGACGCGAUAGCUUUACAAGGAUAUAGAGAAAUUCAAGUAAAUGAACUACCAGAAGAACAAAUAAUUAUUGAAGAAGAGGAAGAAUUCGAUCAACAAGAUGUUUUAGAUUGUCUUAUUUGUCAUAUAUCAUUACAUCAAGGUGGAAAUGUCAUACAAUUAUUGUGUUUUCAACCUCUUUUACGUCGUCGAGUAGGAAGAGAUCAUAUAUUACAAAUAAUGAGACGAAAUCGAGAUCAGAGAUUGAAUUUAGAACGAGUUAGAAGGAGAAUGGAACGACGAGCUAGGAGGCGAAUAGAAGAAAGACAAAGAGAUAUGGAUCAACAAGUAAGGGAGGAUGUAGAUGUGAUUGAUAAUAAUGUACAACAAAUAGUUGUAGAAAAACAACCACCACCAUUACAACAAAAUGAAGAUAGAAAUAUGGAUCCACGAGAUUUUACAAGAUGUUCUAUUUGUAAUACACCUUUAAGGGAAGCUAUGAAUGGUAAUCCAGAAGUA